AUGCGAAGAUUGAACAUUCCUGCUGCCUUCGCGAAUGCGAACGAAAUGUUCGCAAAUGCGAACCUGAGGGGAUCACAAUUGCGACCCCAAAUCUCGUUUCUUUAUAUGUUUUAUGCAUAUGGAUCAUCAAUAACUGGUUGGAAUCAUUGUAGACCAGUGAUUGCUAUUGAUGCCACUCUUUUGAAGUCAAAAUUUCGUAGUGUUUUAAUGAUUUCAGUUUCAAAGGAUGCAAAUAACCAAAUUUUCCCACUAGCCUUUGGAAUUGCAGAAUCUGAAAAUAACAAUUCCUAUGAGUGGUACUUUAGUGAGCUUUGCAAUGCAAUUGGGAGUCGUGAGAAUUUAAUUUUUUUAUUAGACAGGCAUCAAUCUAUUGCAUAUGGGAUUGCAAAGGUAUAUCCUGAAAGCCACCAUGGGAUUUGUAUCUAUCAUUUGGAGCAGAACCUAAAGCGAAGGAAAGUGAAAAGUGAGGUCAUAAAACUUUUCCAAAGUGCUGCAAGAGUAUACAGGCGCAAAGAAUUUGAUCUAUACAUGUCUGAUAUAGCAAAAGUAGAUAAGAAGACUUAUGACUGCUUGAUGGAUGAACCACCGAAAAGAAGAAAUGAAGCAGAAGGAACUUUUUAUGACGUUUCUUGUUGGGUAGAAGAGGAAUUGAAGAAAAAGAUAUAUCUAGCAUUUACUUUGAAUAUCUCCCCUGUUGAUUCAUGGCGUUCUAGAGUUGAGGAAGAAGGAAUUACUUUCUUGGUGGACUUAAACAAAAGGACAUGUGAUUGUUUUCAGUUUCAAUUUGAUGAAUUACCAUGCAUACAUGCAAUUGCAGCUAUCGAGAAGAGAAACAUCAAGAAGUCCAACUUUUGCUCGCACUGGUACUUAAAGGAAUCUUGGCUGAAAACAUAUGAAAGACAAAUACAUCCUGUGGGACAUACUGAUUCUUGGAUUGUACCAGAGAGUGUUAAGUCACAAAUUAUUAAACCUCCAGAUUUCAAAGUUCCACCAGGCAGAAGGCAGAAGAAAAGGCAUAUCCUAGCUACCGAGUCAUCCAAAAUAACAUUCAAAUGUGGUCGUUGCAGAAGAAUUGGCCAUAAUAGAACAGCUUGUAUAUAUUCUCCGGCGGUCCAUCCAUUUUCAAGGAAGCAUAGAGAAUAG